UUUAAACUAUAUCUCGCUUUAUACAGUCUUAUCGAACAUGUCGCAAAACAUCUUUGGCGUAACACCACUGCAUGAUGAGUCAGCCAUCACUGAAAAGCCGGCGCUUUUUAAACCUUUGUUUAUCAAGGAUAGCAAUAACGAAAUAUGGAAAAUAUCAGAUCCACGCAAUUUUAGAAGAAGUACUGUGCCCAGCUCUUUGUUCCAACUUCCUAGACAGCGACAGCCAUCAACAACAUCGCUGUCAUCAAAAAGAUCAAAGAAAGCAUCUUUACCACCUCUACCAACACCACCUGUAGGAAGAGGAGCGGCGACGAGCAAUAAUUAUUCGCAAUAUUUCAACACUGUUAGUACUGUCAGUACACUUGAUAGCUAUCCAAUGACACCAUCCACACCCACAAAUGCUCAAAGCAUGCCACCACUGUCACAGAUGUAUCCAUCUGUAGCGUGUCCUCAGCAGCAACAGCAGCUACCAUCACAACAGACAUUACGAGAACUAUAUCUUCCUCAACCAUCCAUAGCGCCUGCAACCCCACCACCUUUGUCCCCGAUGUUCCCCCCACAAGGGUAUCUGCCUUUUUCAAUGCAUCCAAUGCACGGAGAUCAGCAAGCAAUUUCUGAGAUAACCAGCGAAACAGAAAACCAAGAGAAAUACAAUGUCAAGGAAGGACAAGCUGACGGGAAUGGCGAUAACGGUACAGAAGAGGUUACACUGCUCCGAGAAAGAUCUGCUCAUAGUGGUACAUCAAAUGCUGCGGAUAAGUAUGGCAAUAAGAAGAUCCGUCAAAUUACUGUCAAGUCAAUCAAUAAUGAUUAUAAUGUGUGGAUUAACGUGGACCCUAAAGAUACAGGCGAGUCGAUCGCAGCCAAGAUUUUUACGAUAGCCAGCUUUAAAACACGUAAAGUUCUAUCCAUAAAGACCGCCUCAGGCCGCAAGAUACCUCUUGACAAGACACCUGUUUUUGCAGAUUGGGAAAUCAUGGAGAAUUUCAAAAACGGAGAGAUAUGGACAGUAGAAUGGGAUAACACAAAGCGAUCUUUUGUUGAUAAGGUGUUGUCUAAACUGCUUUAGUAAAGAAUCAGUCGAAAAGUUCAGGUGCUUUUAAGACAUCUUAAU